CACGGUCACACUAAUCGUAAACGCGUAAUUUUUAUUUACAUUUUUUUAAAUCUAGUUUCCUCCGCCUCGCUACACUACCCUACCGACUAUCUGCACUACAUGAUAACACUAUCAGCAAUAAAAUACAAGAACAAACACAUACAGGAAUUAUUGCAACACUACACCACUCGAUGAGACGCAACAGCUGUUUAUGUGCUGCUGCGGUUCGAGGCGUUUAAUUGCAUGAAUGAAUUCGAUUCUGAGUGCAAGUCAACAGCACAGCAGAACAAUAGAAGCCAGCUCAGGGCCAGUCAGAGACCCAAAUGCAACGAAACGAUGACGAGGAGCGCCUCAUUGAAAGCGCGGAGCAGGACGAUGAGGAGAUUCUUGGUGGCGAGGGAAGUUUCGUUCCCGCCUUUCGACCCCAUGGUCAGGACUACGACAUGGCGGACGAACGCUGCCUGCUGGAGCGCCCGGAGGACGAAGUGGUCCUUGUGUCGAAUGAGCCCACAUCGGGAAAGCUCUAUACCUACGUGGUCUUCUACCUGCUUGGAAUUGGAACGCUGACACCGUGGAACUUCUUUGUGACAGCGGAAGAUUAUUGGAAGUACAAAUUCCGCAAUACCACGCUCAAUGACACUGAUCCGGACGAGGAGCUCACGCCGCUGCAGAAGAGCUUCACCUGUGAUUUGGCUCUCACGGCCACCAUCGCUGGCACUACCUUCCUGCUGCUCAACGCCAUUUAUGGCAAUCGGAUCUCACUUAGGGUCAAAAUGCUGGGCACGCUGUGGUGCAUUCUCGUUCUGUUUGGCGUGACGACGGGCUUUGUGGAGGUCAACACGGAUGCCUGGCAGGAGCAGUUCUUCCUGAUCACACUGAUCAUUGUGGUCCUACUGAACUCCGCUGCGGCCACCAUUUCGGGCGCCCUGUACGGCAUCGCCGGCCUGUUCCCCUCAGAGUUCAUGACUGCCGUGGUCAGUGGACAGGCCUUGGGCGGUAUACUCACCGCUCUGGCCUUCAUCCUGGUGCUAGCUUUUGACACGGGCCCUAACACGACGGCCUUCAUCUUCUUCAUUGUGGGUGGCGUGCUCAUACUGCUCUGCAUUGUCUGUUACGUGAUCUUGGUGCAGAAGCCGUUCUUCAAGUAUUAUCUGGACGGCGGCGACAAGUACAAGGUGAUAAGCGCGAUACCCUCGCACAGCCGUAGCGAGGAGACGGAGGGCGUGCCUCUUGAGCCGAUUAUGCGGAAAGUUAUGACUAAAAUAUAUCUACACGCCGUCUGCAUAGCACUGCUCUACACGACCACGCUGUCCGUCUAUCCAGCGGUGACUGUGCUGAUGCAGUCGGAGCACUCUGACAGCCACACCACAUGGACGGAUGUUUACUACAUGCCUGUGGUCAACUAUCUGUUCUUCAACUGCGGCGACUACUUUGGACGGCUCCUGGCUGGCUGGCUGGAGCGUCCCAGCAAUGAGCAAACCUCGCUGCUGCUGACCGUAGUGCGCGUGGCCUUUAUUCCGUUCUUCUUGUGCUCCAACACCAACGAGCACAACUUUAUGCCUACUCUGGUGGAGCACGAUUACUCAUUCAUCGCAAUGAUGAUUGUGUUUGCCUUGUCCAACGGGUAUUUAACUAAUAUACUGCUCAUCAUGGCGCCCAGGAGCGUCAAGCAGCACGAGAAAGAGUUGGCGUCCUCCAUUAUGGCUGCUGCUCUCAGUGUCGGCAUGGCGGUGGGCUCCCUGCUGAGCCUCUGUUUCGUGCAGAUGUUGUGACCUGAAUGUGACCCACGAUGUAACUGUUGUUGCCGAUUGGUGCCUUAGCUAAUUCUAUGUAUAAGUUUUAUGCUUUUAUGUUACCUGAUCCUCUUCAUUUCGUUAUUGUUAAGCAUUUAGAUCAAGACCUUGUACUGUCUCGUUUCGAUUUAAAAUCGGUUGUGUGAUUGUCUUAGUAGCUCCCAAAUUCGCCAUUAAUCUGAGAGAUUCUUUUAUAUCACAUGUACAAUAACAUUUAGUUUGUAAGUUUGUCAAUUUUUUUGAAUAAUAUCCUAGAAAUAAAGAAACGUUUAAAUCAUGUUUUAAACAAAA